CCGAGGAACCAGAGGUCGAAGAACAAUUCGUGGCCUCAGGCCUUUUGGUGUUCGUGAUUGGUUGUGCGAUCUGCUGUUGUCUUGUCUAGUUGUGUUGCUUUGAACUGAUUGUGGUACGUUGCGCUCUGUUGUGUUGUGUUUUUGUGUGUGUCAUGUGUUGUGGUUUCCAGUCUCCUCUUCAUUGUGUAUCUCUGACCAUGUAUGAGUUUGUCUCUGUGUUGCGCAGCAGAACUCAAGUCAGGAGACGGAGCUCAUCUGGUCUUUGUAGCUCGAUUCACUUAUUUUGUUUAGUGUGAUUUUUUCACUGCCUUGUGUUCUAUAAGGGGCUAAGAACUCGAUGACGCACGGAAAUAUAUUUUUAAGAUAAUCUGUUGGUUUUCUUUGGAGGCCGAAUGGAAAUUUAUUGGCGUGGAUAUCUUCCACUGGCCGUGAUCACUCACUCCCAGAGAAGCGACUGGUUUCACUGUCUCGACUGCAGUACUGGUAUACCGGUGUACCGUCACUACUACUGAACUACUGGUGCACUGUGGUUUAAUCAAAAGCACACAAACACACACCGAUGCACUCUCCACACACACACCCACCCACAUGAAAACACACCCACUUAAACAAACAUUCUCAAGGAUAUUCUUAUAACUUGAUGACUCACGGUUCCUGAUUGAUCUUCAAAUAUUCUGCUCUCACCUCAGUAACACAAACUCUCACUAAGUAGAAAUAAUACAUUUAUUAAGUAGCCUAAUUCAUACCACAUAUUUUCACAAACUACAUUACGUUUAUAGAAGAUACUUUACUCAAUGAAAGAGGGAGAACAGUUCCGAUUUUUAGCCCGUCAAUUUGAUAGGACCAAGUUACAGCAGGUCUAAAUACAGAUCCGUGUGUAAAACGCCUCUAAAUAAUACCAUCAGUGGUAACAGCCUGAGGCGGCUGCUAGAUAUGUUUGUUGAACGUUUUUUGUAUCUCUCCGGAUAUUUCUAGCUUUAGUUCUUAGUUAUAUUCCCGUUCAACACUAUCAUACCUCUAUAAUGUCUGGUUGGCGCUUCAGUCUUGGCUGUGUGUGUAGUUGGCACCGGCACCUUGGCGUUGUGGUAGCGGAAGGCUGAGCUUUCUCCUCCCGGCCCAUGUGACCACAGGACGGGCUACUGGUACUCAGCAGACUCGCUCUCAGAUCUCACUCCGACGUGCGUUUCGAUGCGCUGCUGUCUUUAAACCCUCUUUAUUCCGAUGAAAAAACGUGCCCGCUCCAGAUCCCGGUCUCGCUCCAGGUCCCGAUCCCCCUCCUCCAAGCCCCGCGAGCGGAAGUACGCCAAGGACCACCAGGCCCGGGGCCCGGGGCCCCGCGAGGCCCGGGGGUACCAACACCGUGGCUUCCAGAGGCCCUUCAACUUCAGGGGCCGAGGACGGGGCUUCUUCCCCCGCGGGCGAUUCCAGCGGGGGGGCGGAGGAGGAGGAGGCGGCGGCGGCUGGGGCUACAACCACCACAACUUCCGCAACAACUGGAGGAACUUCAGACAAUGUCCGCCGCAGAGACAGCAGUACCCCCACCCCCAGUGGCAUCAGCAGCAGCAGCAUCAGCAGCAGCAGCAGCAGCAGCAGCAGCCGCCGCAACAGCAGCAGCAGUACCCCCGGGGGCGCUCUGCCAGCCCCCGUAAACGCCCGGGCGUGACCCCCCCGAGGGCCGUCCCCCGCUCAGACCACUCCUCCUCCUCCCCCAAGUCCAGACGCUCAGCUCGCUCCUCCUCCUCUCACUCCCCUUGCUCCCCAAAACAGAACGCCACCUCUGAGUCGGCCAAUAAGAUCCUCUCAAGCAAUGGCAAGGAGGAGCUGCUGGCCUCCAAGGAGGCUGGAGAAGAGGAGGAGGAGGAGGAGGAGGAAGAGGAGGAGGUGGGAGGAGGAGUUAAUAAAGAUGGCGCUAUUGCAGGGAAGUGGCGGAGUUUGAGUGUCUGUAGCUCUGUAGUGAAGAAGUGUAAUCCACCAGAAAGUUCUGCUGAUGACGGUCAGAUGACUCUGACGUCUGCUGACCAGUCCAGCCCUGCCCACAAAAUCACAGCCAGUGGGGUGAACAGCGGCGCCCCCUCCUGGCAGGGAGUGGAAAACAAAAGCCCACCUCAAAAAAACACCAAAGCCGUUAUUUCUGGUUUUGGAAUCUUCUCUAAAAAGAACAACCUGGAUGGAGGUAGUUCCAACAUCCCUGCUGCCUUUAGAAAGUUCCUGGAGGACCAGAGUAACGGGUCCGGGCUGGGCCGGGAGAAAGGGUCUGAGGCGAGCGGUCAGGUCCCUCUGGAGGGCGGGGCUAACGGGAAGACGGGCGGCUGCGUCUCCAACCCAUCGCCGCGCCGAGCGAGCGCCGAAAUGACUCUGAGGAGCUUCUUAAAAGCUUCUCCCUUUCAGUCCGGCACGGACGCUCACGAGGACGAUGAGGAGGUGGAGGCGGAGGAGGAGGAGGAGGGCGGGCCUCGUGCCAAGCCCCAGAAAGGGGAGGAGCCCUCUAAGACGAAGGUGAAGACCUCGGCGCUCGCCGUGUUCGCCGAGCGCCUCAGUCAGUGGGAGAGCGCCGGGCGCCGGCCGUUCGUGGCCCCGAACCACCCCGACCUCAUACAGGUGUACCGCGGCCAGGACCCAGGCGCCGCCGCUGCGGGGGCCAGACCCGCGGGGGGGUUCUCCUCUCCGGAGAAAGACCCCGGGAGGUUCACAAGGACGGAGACGCAUGACUCCUCCCCCCCCGCCGCCAAGAGCGCCGCCCCCCGGGAGAUGCUCAGAGGGGAAGGGGCGGCGGCUUCCCCCUCUGGCUCCAGGGAGGCCAAGUGUAGCGUUGUGAUGGACUUCCUGAGGGAUCGGAUGACCAGAUCUGCUCCCAGCUCGUCGGAUGUGUUGGCGGGGGAGCGUCAGCUAUCCCAGGACCUGGUCCAGUCCUGCAGGAAGGAGCAGGAGUUUCGCUCCAUCUUCCAACACGUGGACACCAGCAAGGUCCAGAGGAGCCCCUCGGAGCUCUUCACCCAACACAUCCUCACCAUCGUACACCACGUCAACGCCCAGUACUUCCCGUCAUCAGGAGGAAGUCUUAGCGAGCGCUUUGCGACGUACCAGCGAAACGCCGCCCAGCAAGGGGAGAGGAGGAGGAAGAGUCCGGAAAUACACAGGAGAAUAGAUGUUUCCCCGAGUGCCUUUAAGAAACACUCUCAUCUCUUUGAGGCCAUGAAAAGCUCGGAGGAGGGCAGUUACAAGGACGGGGGAGAGAAAGCGAUGAAAGGUGACCCGUCCGACCUUCGCUUGGACAUCGAGCGCCGUAAAAAGAUCUCCGUCGGAGAGCAGGAUUGUGAUCAGGACAAGGAGAAGGGCACAGGGGAUGCACCCCUCCCUAGCAAAGGGAAAAGUUCGGAAAAAUCUUCCAAACGUCACAAGAAAGCCAAGAAAAGGAAGAAGAAACGUUCUCGCUCCAGUUCCUCCUCUUCUUCCUCAUCCUCCUCGACCGUAUCCAAGCACAAGGCCCAUUCUUCCUCCCAGAGCCGGUCUGCUGACCAGGACUUCAGCAAGCCCCACCUGGCCCAGAGAGACAUCUCUCAACCCCCUGAGGGAGAGGAACAACAAGGAGGAUUUCAGUUCACUGUUCGGGGGCGGGGCUGGAACGGGGGCAAUCACCAUGGAAACGGCGUCCAUAGCCAGCCCUCAGCCACGGCAACUCAUAAUGAGGACUGGGAUCCCGAGUUCACUCCUAAGAGCAAGAAAUACUUCUUGCACGACGACCGCGAGGGCGAGAGAGAGAGAGAGAGAUGUUCGUCGGACGCCCGGGGACGCGGCGGCGUCUUCGCCCACGGGCGGCCGCGCUUCAUCAUCCGCAGAGCGGUGCAGGGCGGCAACAACCACUUCCAGCUCAACGGGAAGCCAAAGGUCGACGAGGACGCCGAGGCCGGACGCGAGCACGCCGACAACACUUAACCCCCGGCGCUGAAGCGACGCUUAACGUUGCCACGCAAGCACAAAGCCUUAAUGUCCCCUGUACUUUAAACAGAGUUGAAACUAGCGUCAGACACAGGCUAAAUGGCAAACUCGAAGCUCCGCAUUGGGCGUCCAUUGCCAAGCCUUGUCCCGAUGCGAAUCCAGGCAUUAAAACGUACAGCAAGCACAUCAAAGUGACUAUAUUGUACCGCUACAAUGGCCGGGUUCAUCUGCAGUUUGACGGUCAAUGCAAACAUGCCGAUUUCGGCUUUGUUUGAAGUACACUGAGGCGAGUAGGCCGUUCAACACCUUCUCAAAAUCACAACACUUCAAUAGAGGAAAAUCAUUUUGAGAUGUUACAGUUAAUUUCAGGGCGUAACGUCAGGGAUUGACUUUGUUCUGUAGUAAGUACUGCUAGCAGUACGUCACCUUCAUGUUGUUGGUAGGGAGGUAACUCGGAGGGCGGAAAACCUGACCGUCUUGUGGUGGUGGGUUUGUGUUGGUGUCUGUGUUUUUAUAUUUGAAAUGAUUAUGAAUAGAACGCUGCAUCUCACCUGUACUAGAUCAUCCAGGUAACCAGACAACCUGCUGUUGAUUUUCUAAAGGCGCUUGAUAUGAAAUUAUAAAUAUUUUUAAAGACUUUUGAAUGAAUGUAUCUUAGUGCUAGGUAACCAAUCAUUAAUAAAUUCAGAUUCAUUUUGAGGUGUAUCCCACUAGGUAGGCUAUGCAGGGAGAUUACAGGUGUUCCAGUUUACAACGUCACAGUAGCGGUUAAAAUAUGUGUUUACUGCCAGAACUAUCUUCGAAGCAAGCAGCAAAGAAUGAAAUAUUACAAUACAUCAGUGAUGUAUUAGGCUCCGCCCCUUCUCACCACGGGACCAAACAACAACGCGCUAGGAAACAACUACUUAUGACGUGAACUAGCCUUAUAAUUGACUGUUCAUUUAGUUUUUUUCUGUUGACGAAACAUUCUAACAACAGUCUAGAUGUUAAUAUGAAACGACAGCCUCUUGUCGGCUACUAAAGAAGAUUAAAUAUGUGAUAUGUAUUUGUUGGGAAGUAGGAAAGGCUAGUCAUUUUAAAAGUUGAUAUAUGUGUGUCCUUUUAUGGGAACGUUUUUGUCUGUAAAUAGUAAUCCAUAUGAUGCACUAUAUACCUGGUGUGCCUUGAUGUAUGUGUGUUUGUGUGUUAAUUGUACAGUCUGGGUGUGUCGAUUCUGAAUUGCGAAUAUUUUCUCUUAAAAUCACCUGCUAAAGUGAAAUGGCUCUUUUUUUUAAUAGUUUUCAUCACUGAAAGAUUUCCUAGAGAUUGUACAUUUGAAAAGAUACUGUAAUAAAUUUGACAUUUGCUGACUUUAUUUUCUGUCGUGGACAUUCUUAUUAUUACUCUGA